AUGUCUUCAAUAAUCACUGAAAAUACUAGACCAGAACCUGACAAAGUGUUGAAAGACAUUUCAUCAUACAUCCAUGAGUACAAAGUUGACUCUAAAUUAGCAUUUGACACUGCGAAACUAUGUCUUUUAGAUACCCUAGGUUGUGGAUUAGCUGCUUUGAAAUACGAGCAACCGAAAAGAAUCAUUGGACCAGUGGUUCCUGGAACAGUUGUUCCUAAUGGUACAAAAGUUAUUGGAACAUCUCAUCAAUUGGAUCCUGUUCGUGGUGCCUGGAGUAUUGGAACUUUGAUCCGUUGGUUAGAUUAUAAUGAUUGUUGGUUAGCUGCUGAAUGGGGGCAUCCUUCUGAUAACCUUGGUGGGAUUUUAGCUGUUGCUGAUUAUUUAACAAGAGCUAAGAAAAAUGGUGUUGAAGGUCAAAUAUUCACUGUUAAAGAUGUUUUAGAAGGUAUGAUUAAAGCUCAUGAAAUUCAAGGUGUUUUGGCUCUUGAGAAUUCUUUCAAUAAAGUUGGUUUAGAUCAUGUCUUGUUGGUUAAAGUUGCCACUACAGCUGUUGUUUCCAAGAUGCUUGGUUUAAAUUAUGAUCAAACUAUUGAUGCUUUAUCUCAAGCUUUUGUUGAUGGUCAAUCCCUAAGAACUUAUAGACAUGCCCCAAACACAAUGUCUAGAAAAUCAUGGGCCGCUGGUGAUGCCGUUUCAAGAGCUGUUAAUUUAGCUUAUCACGUUAAAAAUGGUGAAGGUGGUAUGCCUUCAAUAUUAUCUGCAAAGACAUGGGGGUUUUAUGAUGUUUUAUUCAAAGGAAAUGAAUUCAAAUUUCAAAGACCUUAUGGAUCUUAUGUUAUGGAAAAUGUUUUGUUUAAAAUUUCAUUCCCUGCAGAAUUUCAUGCUCAAACUGCAGUGGAAGCUGCUUUGACUGUCAAUAAAAAAUUGUCAGAAUUGGGUAAAUCUUAUAAAGAUAUCAAAUCUGUCAAGAUUAGAACUCAAGAAGCUGCUAUGAGAAUUAUUGACAAAAAAGGUCCAUUAUACAAUUAUGCUGAUAGAGAUCAUUGUAUCCAAUAUAUGGUUGCCAUCCCAUUAAUACAUGGUCGUUUAACUGCUGAUGAUUAUAGUGAUUCAAUUGCAUCAAACCCUGACAUUGAUGCCUUGAGAGACAAAAUGUAUUGUGUUGAAGAUAAACAAUUCACUGUUGAUUACCAUGCUCCAGACAAGAGAUAUAUUGGUAAUGCUUUAACUGUGGAAUUGAAUGAUGGUACAACUCUUGAUGAAGUUGUUGUUGAAUUCCCAAUUGGUCAUAGAAAGAGAAGAGAAGAAGGUAAACCUGUUUUGUUGAACAAGUUUGAAAGACAUGUUUCUGAACAUUUUAAUGAUCCUUCAAAAGUUGACAAGAUUUUGAAAGCCAGUUAUUCACCAGAUUUUGAAAAAAUGGAUAUCGAUGAGUAUGUUGAUUUAUAUGUUUGA